AUGCGAAUUGUCGAAUGCGGUAACUGCCGAACUCCGCAGUACGUGAGUGCGCAUGGGCGCAUCUUCAUAUGUUGCGGAUGCCAUUGUGCAAAUCGAAUACCUUUAGAUACUGGGCGAGCAGAGGAGCUGGUUAUUCCAGAAGGUCCUCUGAAGAAGUUCGAGUUUAAGAAGGGUGGUGAAAACUACUGGCAGGCCAGAGUUACGCAGAAGAAGAACAACGCGCGCAAUCUAAGAAAGCAGAAAGAGCUUCCAGAUCGGGAGCACUGGGAGGCUCUUCUUGUGAGCGAUUGGCAAAAUCUCAUCGAGGCACCAGCUAGUGUCAAAGCUGACUUUCAGUGCGUUGAGAUCGCUGCGAAUCAAACGUGGAAGGCUCUCCAAUACGCAGCAGAUGAACUCCGUGACGAUCCUGUCUUUGUGCUUCCGAUUGUGGAGAGGUGUUGGUGGGCUCUUGAAUGCCUUGGUGAGAAUGCUCGAAGAGAUGAAGAAGUGGCUAUUGCUAGACCGACUUGA